AUGAUAGACGACUGCGGUCUAGUUGAUUUUCCAACUCAUGGCAACAAAUUAUCAUGGCGGGGAAAGAGAUGGGGAAAAAUUGUACGGUGCCGUUUAGAUAGGGCUUUGGCCACAGAGGAUUGGCAUGACCUCUUUCCCAAGUCACAUGUGGAAUAUCUAAAAAUGGUAGGAUCGGAUCACCGACCGAUCCUGGCAACCAUAGAUAAUAAGAUCCCUAAAGCGCGGCGGCAAUUCCGAUUUGAUAAACGAUGGAUUGGACAAGAUGGAUUUUCGGAGGCAAUUAAACGAGGUUGGUUGGAGAAUCAAACAAAUGCGGAAUCAAAUGUAGUGGAUAUGAUCCGUAAAUGCCGUCAUGAAAUUUCUCGAUGGCGGCACGAAAAUAAACCAUAUGGAAAGGAAAAAAUAGCGGAACUACAGAAAGCUCUUGAAGAAAUUCAAAAUGAUGAUCUUCGAACCCAGGAAGAUCUGGAUGAAAUCACACAAAAAUUGAAGGAAGCUUACCGAGAUGAGGAACAAUACUGGAAGCAAAAAAGCCGUAAUCUCUGGCUUAAGGAUGGGGAUUUAAAUACAAAAUUUUAUCAUGCAACCACGAAACAGAGAAGAGCGAUAAACAGGAUGGUCGGUUUACAUGAUAAGACGGAUAACUGGGUUACCGGGGAAAAAGAGAUGGAAAAGGUGGCGGUUGAUUAUUUCUCGGAUUUAUUUACGACUACUUCCCCAGAUGAUUUCACGGACAUACUUGAAGGUAUUCCAGCGGUGAUCACGGAAACCGAUAAUGCACUGCUAAUGCGCCCAGCGUCGGAAGAGGAAGUGCGGGCGGCUCUGUUUCUGAUGAACCCGGAGAAAGCUCCCGGACCGGACGGGAUGACGGCCUUAUUUUUUCAAAAAUCAUGGCCGUUAAUAAAAACGGAUAUUUUGGGGCUUAUUAAUGAUUUCUUGAUAACGGGAGCCUUUGAUGACAGAUUAAAUUUGACGAACAUCUGCUUAAUCCCAAAGACAGAGCGUCCUACCCGGAUGACGGAACUGCGCCCAAUUAGUCUAUGUAAUGUGGGCUAUAAAAUUAUCUCUAAAGUAUUAUGUGAGAGGUUGAAAACGGUACUAUCCCAGCUAAUUUCGGAGACCCAGUCAGCUUUUGUCCCAGGGAGACUGAUCUCGGACAAUAUUCUGAUAGCACAAGAAAUGUUUCAUGGCCUAAGGACAAACAAGUCUUGUAAGGGAAAGUAUAUGGCGGUAAAAACUGAUAUGAGCAAAGCGUAUGAUCGAGUUGAGUGGCAAUUUGUUGAAGCCACAAUGCGGAAGAUGGGAUUCGGAGAACGAUGGAUCGGGUGGAUCAUGAAAUGCAUAAAGUCGGUUGUGUAUAAAGUACUCAUCAACGGGCAACCACGGGGAAAAAUAACUCCGAAUAGGGGCCUACGUCAGGGAGAUCCUUUAUCUCCCUACAUCUUUAUUCUCUGUACAGAAGUUUUGAUAUCAAAUCUUAAACGGGCAGAAUCUGUUAAAUCUCUAACGGGUCUGAAGGUGGCUCGUGCAAGCCCACCAGUAUCACAUUUACUAUUUGCGGAUGAUAGCUUAUUUUUUUGCAAGGCAUCGGUUGAGGAGAGUGCAGUUUUACUACAAAUUCUUCAGAACUACGAACGGGCAUCAGGCCAAAAAAUAAAUUUUGAUAAAUCAUCUAUCCAAUUUGGCCAUACGGUGGAGACAACGGUACGUGCGGAGAUUCAUCAGAUGUUAGGUAUACAUAAGGUCGGGGGAGUUGGUAACUAUUUAGGUGUCCCAGAGAGCUUGGGGGGUGCCAAAACAAAGAUUUUUAGUUUCUUGAUCGAUAGACAGCAGAAGCGGAUAAACGGCUGGACAUCUAAGGUUCUAUCUAAAGGGGGAAAAGAAGUAAUGGUCAAGUCUGUACUUUCGGCGAUGCCGACACAUGUCAUGUCAUGUUUUAGAUUACCAAAGGGAGUAACAAAUAAACUAACAAGUGCGGUAGCAAAUUUUUGGUGGAGCACAAAUUCCCAAACACGGGGUAUGCAUUGGCUCGCGUGGCGGAAGCUGUGUCGACAUAAAACUGACGGGGGACUGGGAUUUAGGGUAAUAGAAGAUUUUAACACAGCGCUACUCGCAAAACAGUUAUGGCGCCUAAUGGAUAACCCGGAUUCCCUGUUUGCUAAAGUUUUCAAGGGGAGAUAUUUUCGGAACUCAACCCCCUUGGACCCAAUUCGCUCUUACUCUCCAUCUUAUGGAUGGCAGAGUAUCGUUUCAGCUCGACCUCUGGUAUGCAAAGGACUUAUUAAAAGAGUUGGUUCAGGUUCAUCUAUAUCUGUAUGGUAUGACCCCUGGAUUUCCGAUUCUUGCCCGAGGCCAGCUAUCUGUAAAGGAAUUAAUUACUACCCACACCUCACGGUGAAUCAGUUAAUUAAUUCCCAGACCUCAACGUGGAAUCGACCACUAUUGCAACAAUUUUUUGAGAGUGAGGAAAUCACUCGCAUUACGGGUAUACCAGUGGCUACUGGAUAUAAACCCGAUACCUGGGGCUGGUUUUAUACAACAACGGGUCGGUAUACGGUUAAAUCGGGAUAUACUGUGCUACAGGAGCUUUCCGAUGAGGGGACACUACCAGUCUUUGGACCGGACACUCGGAGAUUGCAAGCGCAAUCCUGGAAGGUUAAAUGCACCACAAAACUCCAACAUUUUCUCUGGCAAAUUAUUACCGGAUGUUUAUCGGUUGGCGCACGUUUAUGUAGUCGGGGAAUGCGUGUGGACCCACUGUGCGUGAGAUGUGGUAUGGGAGAUGAGACUAUCAAUCAUAUGCUCUUUGAGUGUCCCCCGGCCCGACAGGCCUGGGCACUCUCUCCCAUACCUACGCCUCCCCAGUUUUUUCCUACGGGAGCACUGUACUCAAAUAUGGCACAUCUAUUCUGGAACCUCCCAGACAAUGAUGACAUGUUGAUGUAUCCAUGGUUACUCUGGUUUAUUUGGAAAGCUCGUAAUUACAAAGUUUUCUCAAAUGAUGAUCAAAAUCCGCAGGAAGUAAUGGAAUCUGCGAUAACGGAAUCCCGGGCAUGGGUAGCAGCACAAACGGUAGCAGACGGAGUAUCCAAUAGUAUCUCCAUCAACUCCGGCCACGUCCCACCGGGAGAGUGGUGUCAGAUUGAUGGAGCGUGGAAAGUGACAGACAGUCGGGCUGGACUUGGAUGGUACAAUUUUGACCCGGAUUCGGGCUCUGUCCUGAUGGGGUCUAGCAACCUACGGCGGGGUUUAUCUCCUCUUCAAACAGAAUUGGAGGCAUUGGUUUGGGCUAUGCAAAGUAUGCUAGUCCAUAACAAACGACGGAUGAAUUUCCAAACAGAUAGCGCUCAGUUGGUGAAGAUGGUGUCCAAACCUGCCGAGUGGCCAGCUUUUGCGAUCUUGCUUGAAGAAGUGGAGCAUUGUAGAGGGAUGUUCCAGGCGUUCUCCCUCACAUACAUUCCCAGAACGAAGAACACAAGGGCAGACAAGCUAGCACGGAGUGCUCGAGCUCAGCCCCAUGAUGUGUAUUACAUAAACUCAGUUCCCCCGAUUCCGCUUCCCGGACCGGUAUAG